UAAAGUCAAGAUGGCGGCCUCCUUGCGAGUUGUUUCUCGACGACUGUUUGCCAGAAACAACCUCCGUGGCGUCGUGGCCCUCCACUUUUCGGCUCCAAAUUCUGCUUCUCCAGAUAAAGUGACUCACACUGGACAGCAAUGGGAACCAAGCGAUUACAGAAUGGCCCGCUUUACAGACAGGCCAAAGGAGGUAAAUGAGAAGUUUGCAAUUGACCUGGUCGCAGAAGAACCACCAAUUGAGAUUCAUGGGCGUUUUGUAUGGUGUGAUGGAGGAGGAGGACCUCUUGGACAUCCUAAGGUGUACAUCAACUUGGACCAGGAAGGACCUCACGCCUGUGGUUAUUGUGGAUUAAGAUAUGUCAUGGUUGCUGAUCAUCAUUGAAGAAAGACGAUGGACCUGCUGCCUAAUGUUACUGUUAAGUAACUAAGAGAACUUUGAAUGACAAUGUAAAUACAAGGAGCUGGGUGACUGUUACUGGAAAUCAGUUUAUAUUAUUUUGUCAAUUUCUAACUCAUGAAGACUUCUAUCCUCUUAUGAGAGGCAAAUUAAAUCAUUUUUUAAGGAAACAAUUUCACAGACUGAAGAAAUUUUGGAAGAGGGGUGCCAGAACAACUAAUAAAUGGUUUGAAAUCCAUAUUCCUAUGUACUACUCUUCUUUGUGUUUUGUAUUGUGUGCUGUUAUUUUAUUAAGUUAAUAAAUUUGUCUUGAAAAGGAAAAAGAGUACAUGUACAUCCAUUCUCAAUUAUCACAGCAUUGUACUUUCUCAAAAGCCUUCAUUCCCUCCUUACCAAUUAGGUGUGGAUCAACAUGAUACCAUCACCAAUUGACUGUACUCAACAUCUGUUUACUACAGUAUGCUGUAAUAAUCUAGAAAUUUUGGACAAGAUGCUGAACCUUUGUGAGAUUUCCUCUUAUUAGUACUAUUCAGAUGUU